GCUCUGUUGUUGAGCCAGGCUCCUGGAAACGGGAGGAAGCACUUCAGUUUCACGAGAUAGCUCUUGCUUUGUUUUCUAAGCACACAUUCAUUUGAGCAUUGUUUUCGUGAUCUUUACUCCGCCGAGGAUUUCUUCUUGUCGAGUUGCUGUUCUGUGGAGCUGGGUUUUUUCUUUUUUUAGCAGAAGAAGAAGAAGAGGUUGAAACCGGAUUGGGUGGGGUUGUUGAUAGAAGCAGGGGCUUGUUUGUUUGUUUGGAGGAUGUUGGCGAUUGGGUUUUGAGGAAGAAGAAAGGGGGAUUGUAGGAAGAGCACAAGGAGAGGCGGAGCAAUGCACGCGGUAGCAGCGGCAGCUGUGAAGGCGGGUGCGAACUCAUCAUCGGCAGUGCGACGCCAAGCGCUGUCGCUCACAGAGGCCGCGGCCAACAGGAUUCGAAAGCUGCUGGACCAUAGGCAGAAGGAGUAUUUACGCUUGGGCGUCAAAGUGCGCGGUUGUAAUGGACUUACGUACACGCUUAAUUACGCAGAUGAUAAGGGCAAGUUUGACGAGGUUGUAGAAGAUAAAGGCGUGAAAGUGUUGAUAGACCCGCGAGCACUUAUGCACGUUGUUGGCACCAAAAUGGAUUAUGUCGAAGAACGACUGAAGUCUGAAUUUGUUUUUAUCAACCCUAACUCCAAAGGUCAAUGUGGCUGCGGGGAAUCUUUCACAACUUGAGGAUUGAUGAACGCAGUUGCAAUCUUGCACUGUUGCAGCCCAUAGAAAGGUGGCUACCAUUGAUUGCGGCAAUUAUACAGCGGUAAAUUACACUGCUGGUUGCGGUGCAUCACCUCGAAGAUAGUUUUAGUUCAUGAUUGUGCUACCGAUGACAAAUAAAUUUAUGAAUAUCUAGCAUUGCACGAAUGGGUUAAUGUUAACACUUCAAAGUCGUGCCACAUGGCAGUAUUCAUGCAUGUUUAAUAGACAUGUUUCUCCAAUCGAGUUGAGUAUUUCUUUGUUACACAUAGACCAGACAGGAAGAUAUAAGUACAUUUACCGGCUUUCCCUGGUUGCCGCCAUUAGAUGAGUCCACAAAGACUAUUCUUAGCUCUUGCACGGAGCCAAGCUAAUCUCCUGGCUGCGUAUGUUUUGGAGGCAUGCCCUUCUGGAUGCUGCAUGAGAGAUAUUGCGAGAGUUUUCGUGGUUAGAAGAUGUAAAUUGAAGCAUGCAGUUGACAAAUUGAAUUGAAUGCAACAGUGUAUUGGGUGACA